AGCGGGGGACACCAGGGGACAGCGGGGGACACCAGGGGACAGCAGGGGACGGCGGGGGACGGCGGGGGACACGAGGGGACGAGGCCACCCCUGCCGCGGUACCUGCGCUCCGUGGGAAGGAGGAGGGGACAAGGGGACAGCAGGGCGGAGCUGGAGGGGACAGUGACCCCCUUGGGGACAUCCCCGCCGUUGGUGGCCCCGGUGCCACCCGAUGCCACCGUGUGGGACGUGUCCCAGUUCUCGCUGGUGGACGGACACCUGGUGCCACUGGGCAGGGACGAGGAGGGCCCGUGGCGGAGCAGAACCCGCGCUGGCAGUGCCACCUCUGAGGCCACCAACCUGUCCCCAGCGGGCAGGAGGGACCUGGACCCCGACGAGCGGAGCCCCCGGACUGAGCCCCCCCCGAGCUCCCAGUUCAGCAACGUCAAGGGGCUGCUCUGGAAGAGGAUCCUCGGGGACAGGAAGAGUCGCGGUGGCACCAAAAGUGACCAAGGGGUGGUGGCAGCGCCCGAGGGUGACAGGGUCCCUAGCCGCAGCGCUUCCCGCGAGUCCCUGGUGCCACCACCCGAGCUGGACCUCACUGGGGACAACGUCACCGUGCGGCCGGUGCACGGCAGCGUGGUGGGAGAGAGGUUCUGCUUCCAGGUGAUCACACCUGAGGGCAGCCGCUCCUUCGGCUGCGCCUCCCUGGCCGAGCGCGACCGCUGGAUCGAGGAGCUGCGCCGGACAGCACAGCCCAACAAGGACAACUGCGAGCGCCUGGACCUGUCCCUGACCCUGUGGCUCUACGAGGGCCGCCACCUCCCGCCGCGCCGCCGCCUCCGCUGCCACCUCCAGCUGGACGGCGCCAUCUUCGCCCGCACCACGGCCAAGCCGGCCGGCGCCGACGGCCAACUCUUCUGGGGCGAGCUCUUCCACCUGGCCGCGCUGCCGCCGGCGCGCGCCCUCACCGUCGCCCUGUGCCGCCACGACCCCGCCGGCUGGCACCCGGUGGCCUCCGUCACCAUCCCGCUGGCCGAGCUGGCGGCGGCGCCGCAGCCUCUGGAGCGUUGGUACCCCCUGAGCGGCGCCGGUGGCGGUGCCGAGGCGGCGCCGGCGUUGCGGCUGCGCGGGCGUUACCGCCAGGUGAGGGUGUUGCCCAUCGUGCGCUACAAGGAGUUGGCGGAGUUCAUCACCUUCCACUACCGGGAGCUGUGCGGGCGCCUGGAGCCGGCCAUCGCCGCGCGGCACAAGGAGGAGCUGGCCGGCGCCUUGGUGCGCGUGCUGCAGAGCACCGGCAAGGCCAAGUCCUUCCUGAUCGACCUGGGCGUGGCCGAGCUCGACCGCUUCGACGAGCGCGAGGCGCUGAUCUUCCGCGAGAACACCUUGGCCACCAAGGCCAUCGACGAGUACAUGAAGCUGGUGGGGGCCAAGUACCUGCAGGACACGCUGGGGGAGGUGGUGGCCCAGCUCUGCAGCUCCGAGGAGAGCUCCGAGGUGGACCCCAGCAAGUGCUCGGGGCUGGAGCUCUCCGAGCACCAGCAGCACCUGCGGCAGGUGUGCGAGGAGACCCUGAGGCGCAUCACCGACGGCUCCGAGUCCUUCCCGGCGGAGCUGGGCCAGGUGUUCGCGGCGUGGCGGGACGAGUGCGCGGCGCGCGGCAAGGCGGCCAUCGGCCAGCGCCUGGUGUCGGCCUCGCUCUUCCUGAGGUUCCUCUGCCCGGCCAUCAUGUCCCCCAGCCUCUUCGGCCUCGUCCAGGAGUACCCCGGCGAGGCCACCGCCCGCAGCCUGACGCUGGUGGCCAAGGUCAUCCAGAACUUGGCCAACUUCACCACGUUUGGCGACAAGGAGCCCUACAUGACCUUCAUGAACGACUUCCUGGAGCAGAACUGGGCCACCAUGACCGAGUUCCUGCAGGCCGUGGCCACCGCCGAGGCCAGCGCCCACAUGGCCACCUACGACGGCUUCGUGGACCUGGCCCUGGAGCUGGCCACGCUCCACCUGCUGCUCUGUGACAUCUUCUCCAGCCUCGACCAGGCCACGCAGGAGGAGCUGGAGCCGCUGCCCACCAUCCUCAGGGCCAUCAGGGAGGGGACACCUGUCCCCGUGUCCGUCCGCCUCAGCUCCGCCGCCGGGAGAAGCCCCUCGGAGCCCCCCAAGCCGGGCUUUGUCCCCCCGCGGGACCUGGCCAAGCACAGCCCCCUCAUCAAGAGCCAAUCCCUGACCAGCGUCCGCCGCCUCCGCGGCCACGACAGCGAGGUGACAACAACGGCGACAGACCCGGCGACAUCCCCGGGGACAUCCCCGGAGUCACCGUCCCCCAUCCCGGUCCCGGCCCCGGUCCCGGCCCGGCGCCGCCGCCACGUGCAGCGCGCGCAGAGCGUGCCCGCGCAGGGCAAGGGGACACGGCCCGAGCCCGACAGCGGCACCGAGGUGACACCGCCCGAGGGUGGCACCGCGUCACCUGUGCCCGGGGACGGCCCGCCCCGGGGGAAGCUGCGCUCGUCGGCGUCGCUGCCCCGCAAGUCCACGGUGCCGUGGCAGCGCCUGGCCGAGGACGCGGCGGCCCCGGGCGAGCUCUACGCGCUGCGGCCGCUCGAGAAGCACGGGCGGCUGCUGGAGGCGCUGCGGGAGGAGCUGGCGGAGCACCGGGAGCGCCUGGAGCGGGCGGAGGCGCGGGCGGCGCGGGCCGAGGAGCAGCACCGGGAGCGCCUGGAGCGGCUGCGGGGGCAGCUGGAGGAGGGCAACGCCCGAGCGGCCAACCUGGCGGCCAGGCUGACGGCGGCCGAGCGCAGCCGCAGGAGCGACCUGGAGAGGCUGAGGGGCUGCGAGGAGAGAGAGCGGGAACUGGAGCGGCGCCUCUCGGGGCUGGAGCAGGAGCUGCGCAGGGCCCGGGGCCACCCCCGCGGUGUCCCCAAGGUGUCCCCAAGGGGCUGCCCCGAGGACGACGGCGAUGCCACCAGCGUGUGACACCGGAUGUCCCCAAGGUGUCCCCAAGGUGUCCCCAAGGGGCUGCCCCGAGGACGACGGCGAUGCCACCAGCGUGUGACACCGGAUGUCCCCAAGGUGUCCCCAAGGUGUCACGCCCCCCCAGUGUCACAGGAAUAAACGAUGGCAAUGUCA